AUGGAAAUGACUCAAGUGGUCAAGGAUGCGUUAAUGCUCUGCAAAGAAUUACAGAGAAAAAUUCCUAAUGACUGCCAUAAUGAUGAUUGCGAACAAUAUUGCCUGAACUAUACACAUGAAUUAUCAGCCAUCUGUAACAGAGUAUCUGCUGAUGCUUCUCCGAUGCAAAAAAUAAUUAAAAACCCAAAGAAUAAAUCGCAUUACAAAAGAUCUCCAGCUAAGAAAGAGACUGUGAGCAGCCAUCAAUCGAAUAAAAUAAAUAAACCAAAACCAUCACCAGCGUCUGAUAUAAUUCAAAUCGAUGAUGAUUCUCUGAGCCCUGUUGCAAAACAGCCUUCUACAUCUUUUGUAGAAGAGUACUUGCAUUUUCUUCUCAAUGAAUCAACUGAAACAACAUCUAACUGUAAUGAAAAGUCUUCUGAUAUUUCCAGUGUACCUAUAACAACUGAAACUGAGAGGGAUAAAUUAUCUGGUCAACGAACUAAUUCUCCGAGUUCAGUUACGCAGGUGCCUUCUACAUCUUCUAUUGACGCUUGUAUAGAAUCUGUUGUAAAUGAAGCAAAUGAAUUCACAUCCAAAUUUAGUGAAAAGAACUCUGAUAUCGUCAAUGCACGAAAGACAACUAAAAAGCAGAGAGUUAAACUGAGUAACAAAGUGUCUCUUGCUAAGAAAGAUGUAACUAGAAUUACGUCCGGAUCAAGUACUGGAAUAGAAAAAGAAAAGCCAUCACCUACUUCUAGCAUAACUAAAGAUAGUAAUUCUCAGGAUUUGUUUACAUCAGGAUCUUCUACAUAUUAUGUGGAAGAUUAUGUUCAUGCUUUUCUGACCGACACAAAUGAACCAUCAACAAGCCCUAAUAGAAUGACUUUUACUAUUUCUGGGAAACAGAGAGUAAUUAAAAACAAGAAGCAAAAAUUGGAUACCCAAAAAUCUCCAGAGAGGGAAGUGGUGCCUACCACUAGUUCUAAACUGAGUGCAGAAAAAAGUAUUCCAACAUCUCUGUCCCCUUCUAGCAGGAUUAAAAAAGAAAGUGCUGCUCAGAGUCCAGUUAAAACGCAACCUUCUACAUCUUAUGGAAAGUCAAUAGUAAAGCUAUUGGAAAUGUUUAAAGCUGAUGAAAGCCCAAAGAGAGGAGUUAAAAGAAGCAUGGAGGAAGGUAAUUAA